GGAGACCGCGGGCGGAGGAUGUGAGCUCACAGCCGGGAUUGCUGGCGGGCUGGCGGCCACAGCCCAGGGCGGCACGGGGGUCGGCUUGCAACCCAGCUGAGAGGAGAAGCGCCCCCCGGGGACGUGCUGAAAGUAUGAGGCUCUGGCCUCCGCUGGCCACUCGCUCGUCGUGAUCCUUCCACCACGGCGGAGCCUUCCAAGCCGACCUCCUGCCGUGUGGUGAUCUACCUGCAGCGGGAGAUGUCAGGGGAUACCUGUCUGUGCCCCGCCUCGGGGGCCAAGCCCAAGCUGAGCGGCUUCAAGGGAGGAGGCCUGGGCAACAAAUACGUCCAGCUCAAUGUGGGGGGCUCCCUGUACUACACCACCGUGCGGGCACUCACCCGGCACGACACCAUGCUCAAGGCCAUGUUCAGCGGGCGCAUGGAGGUGCUGACCGACAAAGAAGGCUGGAUCCUCAUAGACCGAUGUGGAAAGCACUUCGGCACCAUUUUGAAUUACCUCCGCGAUGACACCAUCAUCCUCCCACAGAACCGGCAAGAAAUCAAGGAGCUGAUGGCCGAAGCCAAGUAUUACCUCAUUCAGGGGCUGGUGAGCGUGUGCCAGACUGCUCUGCAGGACAAGAAGGACUCCUACCAGCCUGUGUGCAACAUCCCCAUCAUCACCUCCCUGAAAGAGGAAGAGAGGCUCAUCGAAUCCUCCACCAAGCCCGUGGUGAAGCUGCUGUACAAUAGAAGCAACAACAAGUAUUCCUAUACCAGCAACUCGGACGACCACCUGCUGAAAAACAUUGAGCUGUUCGACAAGCUCUCCCUGCGCUUCAACGGCCGCGUGCUCUUCAUCAAGGACGUCAUUGGCGAUGAGAUCUGCUGCUGGUCCUUCUACGGCCAGGGUCGCAAGCUGGCCGAGGUGUGCUGCACCUCCAUCGUGUAUGCCACGGAGAAGAAGCAGACCAAGGUGGAGUUCCCAGAGGCCCGCAUCUAUGAGGAGACGCUGAACGUCCUGCUCUACGAGACCCCCCGAGUCCCUGACAACUCCUUACUGGAGGCCACCAGCCGGAGCCGCAGCCAGGCUUCCCCCAGUGAAGAUGAGGAGACCUUUGAACUGCGGGACCGGGUCCGCCGUAUCCACGUCAAACGCUACAGCACUUACGAUGAUCGGCAGCUCGGCCACCAGUCCGCCCAUCGCGACUGA